GGAAGGAAGUGACGUCUUUCUGGAGCACAGCGGCUGUGGAGGGAAGAAAGAAAGCCGUCCUAUCACGUCUGUGAGCGCCAACUGCGGCCGCGCUGCCUGGAUUCUGACCCGGCUCUGUCGUGUGCUGGCCGCGUGGCCCUGAUCUUAACCCUUCGGAACCUCCGUUUCCUCAUCUGUCAACAGCCAAAUUCUGGCUGAUGAAAAACAGAAUCUCAUCGUGCCUGGGACUGCAGUCUGGCUGGUCAUUCGUGUUUCUGGUGAGUGAGCGAUGGGGCUGUCUCUGUGCCUCGGGCCUCAGCCUCCUGCCCCCAAGCCUGCUGAGCCUGCUUCUGGGAGAGGGGCCUCACCAGCCCGGUGUGGUACAGACAGCAUCCGCCGUGUCAGGACUCGGGUUUUCCAGAGCCCCUGCAUCAGAAUAGCCUGGAACACUGCUUGUUAAAAGGAAACUGCCGUGUUCUCGCUUGAACUGGGAGAAGCGAGGGGUGACGCAGAGGCUUUACUGACGAACCUUGAAGUUCCGGGCAAGUCAUUCUACAGGACCCGCGAGGCCUGGCGUGAACCCAGCGCCCCGCGCGGGUCAGCCCGGCAGCGCCCUUCGGUAAGCGGCCCGAAGCCAAGCCGAGGUCCCCUGACUUUGCUUCUGGAGCAAUGACACUACCGGUGGCCUGCACUCAGGUGGCCUCGUUUGGUGAGCACCCCCAGCAGUAACCCGUGUUUCUGGUGGAUUCCCUCCCGGCCUUUCGGAUGCCCGCCCGGGAGAACAGCGCAUCCACUAUCUACGAGGUGACCCAUGGGGUGUGAAUCGCUGCCCGAUGUCGGCGCUGCGGCAGUGACCCGGGGGGACACACACCUUCUCUCGUGGGACGCAGGUGCCCGUGGGCAUGGAGCGGAGUUUCCUAAGCGGCAUUUGAGGUCUGGUCGCCGCGGUGGCUCGGAGGCGCGGAGGCCAGCGCGAUGGAGGAGGACACUGAACUGAGAACCGACGGAAACUCACUCUUAAAGGCUGUGUGGCUGGGGAGGCUCAGGCUGACCAGACUCCUCCUGGAAGGGGGCGCUUACAUCAACGAGAGCAAUGACAAAGGCGAGACGGCUCUCAUGGUGGCCUGCAUCACCAAGCACGUGGACCAGCAGAGCAUCAGCAAGUCCAAGAUGGUCAAGUACCUGCUGGACAACAGGGCGGACCCCAAUAUCCAGGACAAGUCUGGCAAGACGGCCCUCAUCCACGCCUGCAUCAGGAGGGCCGGAGGAGAGGUGGUCUCCCUGCUCCUGGAGAAUGGCGCGGACCCCAGCCUCGAGGACCGCACGGGGGCUUCGGCUCUGGUUUACGCGAUACACGCGGAUGACAAAGACGCCCUGAGACAUCUCCUCGACGCCUGCAAAGCCAAAGGGAAGGAGGUGAUUAUCAUCACGACAGAUAAAUCAUCAGCGGGCGCCCAAACCGCCAAACAAUACCUUAACGUCCCUCCGUCACCCAAAGUGGAAGACAGACAGUCACCUCCACUGUGCGCGUCUCCCUCGGACAUCGAACUGAAGGCUCCGGGCCUGGGCUCUCCGCCCAGCGAGUGGGAGGACGACUUCUUCAGCGUCCAAACGGGGCAUCCGAGUGGUUGCCACACCACCAAGGCUCUCAACGAGCCUGGGUCACCCACCAGGAAAGUUGGGAACCUCAAGAGAGCCCGCCUGCCCCAGCUGAAGAGGCUCCAGUCCGAACCCUGGGGCCUGAUUGCGCCGUCCGUGCUGGCUGCUAACGUGCGUCAGGACGACGCCCACGGCGCGGGCACAGACAGUGAGGUCAUCAAGAGCAUUAGCGACGUGUCCUUCCCCAAAAGGGGGCCGCUCUCCAGAGCCAGCAGUAUCGACGGCAAAGACCCCGCCCUGUUCCCCACAUUCACAGAGCAGAUUCUGAAGAUCCCAGCCUCGCCGGCACCCGCAUCCUGGAAGGCCGCCUACGACAAGGGCCAGGCGUCCCACCCUCGUGUGGCCAGAAGAGGGACUCUCCCUGUGGAGCAGGAGAAGGCUGGAGUCAGUCCAUCAGCGUCCCGCAAGCAGCUGGAAAAUGACCCGUGCGAUUUCGAUCUGCAGCCGGGGGCUGACCAGCUCAGUCCCGUCUCCCUGGAGUCGGGCAAAGGGCCCCUCGAGAGGAAGAGGCUGAACGGCUCCCACGUGGCUCUCUUCCACGGCUCCCGCGAGUCCCUGGACGCGGCGCCCAGCACCUCCCCCAGCUCGGGGCGCCCCAGGCCACCGCCUCUUCUGGAAAGGCGAGGUUCUGGGACUCUGCCGCCGGACCGCAUCUCGCACACCAGGCCCGGCUUCCUCCCGCCUUUAAAUGUAAAUCUGAACCCACCCAUCCCAGAUAUCAGGCCUGGCGGCAAACCUUCUUCUCCACUUGCCAGCGGCCUAAAAUCCAUGCUGCCCGUGGCUCCCAGCUCACCGAAGAGAGCUGACUCGAGGAGUCAAAAGAAACUACUCCGGAGGCACUCCAUGCAGGUCGAGCAUGUGAAACAGCUGUCUGGCUUUGAGGAGAUCAUGGCCUAGACACUUCCAGAGGGUCUCCACGUACCCGACGACAGGCACCAUAAUCCGGACCAACACAGCCGUGUGGGCCCCCUUCCUCCUGCCCGUCCCCCCGUGCUGCUGUGUGGCCCGCCUCACAGGGUACGGAACAGGGCCCCGCUUCCCUUCUGAAAUGAUCGUGGGUUGUUACAGGUUUGCUUGAAAAGGGCUCAGGGUAAUUGGUUUCUGGGGAUGAGGUUACCGAAAAUAAAUUUCUCCGAAGGAAGAAAACCUUUGGGGUUUGAGAGUAACGCAGCUGGUACGGUGAUCUAGGCCCCUGACAUCAGUUCCUUUCCACCAGACAAACUAGAAUUUAGAUCCCAGGAUGGCAGUGAAAGCAUGCCCUUAGUACUAAAUCUAUAAAGUGCCUACAAAGGAAAUGAGGCUUUAGAAUUUGUCAUGUGUGCAAAAGCUCGAAACUGGCCCCUGAGAUCUGGCAAGCUGUGUGUUAUGUGUCAGCCCAAGGUGGAGAAGGGGGGACAGAGCCCCCAUCAGAAGCAUCAGAAGGCGGGGAGGGCCCCCCCAUCACAGGGGCUCUGGCUGCCUGUCACCGGGUCAUGGGGCAGUGUCCUGCUCGGCACGGUCACGGUCUUCCCAAACUCCCCUAUCACACUGUGUUCACAUGCUCAUCUGGAUGUGCUAUGAGUCCCCAGAUACAACUACAUGUCCCCCAAAUUCCGAUGUGCCAUUGUCAUCGGUGCGUCAGAUGUGAAAUCGGCCUCAUCCGCCUGCCCUGACAUGAGCCGUGCCAAAAUCUUGGGAAAACACAGCCAGGGUCUGGUAAUUAAUUUGGAGGUAAAUGUGAUACGGUUUCCAGAAUA